ACCGGUAUUUACAGAGUCACUGUUUCUCUUUCUUUCUUUCUUUCUUUCUUUCUCUCUCUCAUCCCCUUCUGCUGUCGGAAAUCGAAGAGUGUCGUGUUUUUAGGCGUGUGUAAGUUCGAUUUUAGAUUCUCUAAACUUUAUUUUCUUGAUUACAGAGCGAAAGACUAGUAAUCUUCUUCCAGACCCUCUUCAAUUUUUACAAACAAUCUAGAUACAAAUCUUUCUAGUGAGCUGUUCACAAGAUUCUGAGAGCUUUUAAUGGAACAAAACCCUUUCUUCCAAAUCCUAUCUUUUUAACUUUCAGAUCUACCAUUUCUCUGUACCUAUUCCCUUUCACUUUGAAGCUCUGUAGAAGAAUGGGUACUGGUUUUGAUGUGUUUAUGUUGGUGUUCUUCUGUUACUGUUUUUGGUUUCUUCAUUCGGUGAAUGGAAUCGGAGUUAACUGGGGAACACAGUGUAGUCACCCUUUUCCUCCAGAUACUGUGGUGAAUAUGUUAGCUGAAAAUGGGUUUCAAAAAGUUAAGCUUUUUGAUGCUGAUUAUGAUACUUUGAAAGCUCUUGGAAGAUCGAGGAUUGAGGUUAUGGUUGGGAUUCCUAAUGAUAUGUUGGCUACACUUUCUACUAGUUUGAAAGCUGCUGAGAAAUGGGUAUCUAAAAAUGUCACCGCCCAUCUAUCUUCCUCUGGUGGUAACAUUAGGUAUGUUGCAGUUGGAAACGAGCCGUUUCUCCAAACAUACAACAAUAGCUACCUAAAAUCGACGUUUCCAGCUCUUAAAAACAUUCAAACCGCGCUAAACAAAGCUGGCCUAGCUGGAAAAGUAAAAGCAACCGUCCCUUUAAAUGCCGACGUUUACGAAACCUCAACAGGCCUCCCCUCCGGAGGAGACUUCCGAGCUGACAUCCACGAUUACAUGAUCCAAAUUGUCCAAUUCCUAAGCCAAAACGGAGCCCCAUUCACUGUUAACAUCUACCCCUUCAUAAGUCUCUACACUGACUCCAACUUCCCUGUGGAAUACGCCUUCUUCGAUGGUACCGCCUCCCCCGUAGCCGACGGUUCCACGAGCUACUACAACAUGUUCGACGCGAAUCAUGAUACUCUAGUGUGGGCCCUACGAAAGAACGGGUUCGAUAGCCUACCGAUCAUAGUAGGCGAAAUCGGUUGGCCAACAGACGGAGACCGAAACGCGAACAUUCAAUACGCUCAACGGUUCAAUCAAGGUUUCAUGUCUCGCUCAUCGGGCGGGCGGGGCACCCCUUUGAGGCCCGGACCAGUCGACGCGUAUCUAUUCAGCUUGAUCGAUGAAGACGAGAAGAGUAUUAGUCCCGGGAAUUUCGAACGACAUUGGGGAAUUUUCACAUUCGAUGGAUUGCCCAAGUAUAGUUUGAAUCUCGGGACUACAAAUUCAGGCGCGCUUAUCCCGGCUAGAAACGUGAAACAUUUAGAUAAUAAGUGGUGUAUAUUGAAGCCUUCGGUCAAGCUCGACGAUUCGCAGCUGGCGCCAAGUGUGAGCUAUGCUUGUAGUUUGGCUGAUUGUACGAGCCUAGGUUUCGGAACGUCUUGUGGAGGGAUGGAUAUUCGGGGGAAUAUUUCGUACGCGUUUAAUAGUUAUUAUCAGAAGAAUAAUCAGCUUGACGAAGCUUGCAAGUUUUCUGGACUUGGAACAAUCACAAGAACUGAUCCGUCGUCCGGGAAUUGUAAAUUCGAGGUUAUGAUCGAGCCUUAUUACGGCGGUACCGCGAGGAGAAGAUCGAGUAUGGUUUUGGCAGCAAUCUCGACAAUUUGGAUUUUGUUAAUGGUAAUGUGAAUGUGAAUGUAAUAAUUGAUCAUCAGAAUGUUUUGUAUUGUUGAUUUCUAGGAAAUGUUGCAUUUUGUUUACAUAUAGAGCAGCAGAUUAUGUUGUUUUUAAGGUUAAUCUA